AUGCAGAAACUCGUCGCGUUUUUCUCUGGCAAACUCCGGCGACUUUUGGGCGACUCAACAACCGCCAAGAAAACCGGGUUCAAGCUUCUACUCCACGGCUUCCCCGGCGGGCCCGAAGGUUUCGAACUGAUUGUCCGAUUCUGCUACAAUGGGGGCAAAAUCGUCAUUUUACCUUCCAACGUCGUCCUCCUCCACGCCGCGGCCCGGUUCCUCGAGAUCAGCGAGAACCAAACCGAGAAAUACCUCCAAACCAUCCAUUCCUGGACGUGGUUCGAGCUUCUCGACUGCCUCAAGCAGUUUCAGAAACUCGUACACUUCACGAACUCAUCGACGUACGUUGCUGGCGAAAUCCUCGAAGCCCUCGUCGAGAAGAUCUCGAUGCCCAACGUCUCGAGCCCCUUCUCGUACUUUUUCGGCUCGGAUAAUUCUAUGGUCAGCAGCAGCAGCAGCAGCAGUAUUAGCAGGUCGAGCAAUUUUCGAAGAUUUAAUUGGUUGAGAGAUCUCGAGUUUUUGAAUGUGGGAAUGUUCGAGAAGGUCACGAGCGCGAUGAUUUCGCGCAAGUUGGAAGAUCGGCUCGUUUGCUCAUUCCUCGCGCACUAUCGCAAGGUCAAAUUCGUCAAAUUCGCUUCUCUCUUGGAGAGAGAUGAGAAGUGUAAGAUUGUCGAGAUUUUGGUGACGUCGCUCAGCUCGCUCGAUGGGGGGAGCUCGGGUUUUCCGUUUAGAGGGCUUUGUGACGUGCUUCGGCUUUGCUUUGUAUUGAAAAUGGAGAGAUUUUGGGUGAAGAAGGUGGAGAGGAUGAUCGGGUGUCGACUCGAUGAAGCUACUUUAGAUGAUUUGUUGGUUCGUGCUCGUCGCCCGACUAAUAAACGAGUUUCUUGUGCGUUUGACGUGAGUUUGGUCUCGAGGCUUUUGAGAGUGUUCGUUGGACAAAAUGGGAAAAAGAUUUUCGCGAGGGGUUGUUUGACGAAAGUGGGCGAAUUGGUAGAUUCGUAUCUUGCUGAGGUGGCGCCCGAUCGAGAGCUCAAGCCGUGCACGUUUUUGGGGUUAGCUUUGUGCCUACCCGACUCGUCUAGGGAGACUCAUGACAAAAUUUUCGACGCUUUAGACAUGUAUUUUAAGGUUCAUGAAUUUGUAAGUGAAGAAGAGAAAAUGAGAAUGUGUUCGGUUUUGAAUUAUGAGAAGUUGUCGUCUAAAUCGCUGGUGCAAAUAUCGCAAAAUGCGGCAUUUCCAGCUUCUGCUAUUGCUGCUGCUGUUUGCCAGCUCAAGUCGAAGCUUGAAAAUCAGUCGAAUGACUUGAAAAAUCUGGAGUUAAGGAGCCAUAGUUCUUCAUCUUUUAGCAUUGAUGUUCAAGAGAUUGCACCUCAUGGUUUGUGGACGAGAAAAGAAUGCAAGAAAUCACAAAAGAAAUUAAGUGGAUGUUGUUAUAAGUAAUGUAAACUGCAACAUGUUUUAUAUACAUGUGCUCUAAUGUGUUUUUCUUGGCUUAAUUUGUCAUUAAUUAGCUAGUGCUGAUUAAUUUGUAAAUCAUAUAGUUUUGAAUUAUUAUAGACUUUUAUUACAUUGUUU